AUGGACUUCACUUUGUGGAUCGUGACGGUCGACGUAAGACAACCUUUAAACUACGAGUUGUUACAAGAUGUGCUUGGAGAUGGGUGUCAGUCAGACCUGGACACAUCGGAUGAGGAAACAGAAUCGGCUGUCAAUGCACCUCGGCUACUAGAUGAUGAAGGUGAUAUAACCUUAGAGAUUCCACCAGGUAACCAUAACAGAGACAGUGACUCAGAUCAAAAUAUGACUUUGACAGAGCUACAGCACAGAAAUCAGGACAACUUACCCCCACCUGCAAACUCCUGCCACCACGAAAUGCCUAUAAUAUAA